UAUGCUUCACAGUUGGCGCCCAUUUGCUUCUCUUGAGACUCUCUCUCCCUCUCUCUCUCCCUCUCUUCCUGCGCACCUCCCCCAGGCCAAAUGCCCCCAGGUCUCCGCUUCCUUUUCCUCUUCUUGGCCACCGUAUGUCCCCUUCGCUCCACGGCUGUGGCUAUAGGUGUAAACUGGGGAACAACGUCCUCGCAUCCUCUCCCGCCAUUAAAGGUGUUGGAGCUCUUGAAAUCCAACAACAUCUCCAAAGUGAAGCUCUUUGAUGCUGACCCACUUGUGCUACAAGCUCUCUCCGGGUCCAACAUUGGUGUCACUGUGGGCAUUCCUAAUUCCAUGCUUAAAAGCUUCAACUCUUCCAAGAAAGUUGCGGAGAGCUGGGUCCAUGAUAAUGUCACCCGCUACUUCUCUAGCGGUAGCAGUGGAGUUCGUAUUGAGUAUAUUGCUGUUGGAGAUGAACCAUUUCACCUAAGCUACGGUGAGCAGUUCCAUCCCUUUGUUACUGGGGCAGCCAUCAAUGUCCAAACAGCUUUAACUAGAGCAAAUUUGGCAAGCCAGGUGAAGGUUGUGGUUCCAUGCAGUUAUGACAUCAUCCAGUCAGAAUCUGGCCUGCCUUCCAAAGGACACUUCAGGUCUGAUCUUAAUAAAACCAUGAUUGAACUCCUCACAUUUCUGAGAAAGCAUCACUCACCUUUCUUUGUAACCAUCUCCCCAUUUAUUACCUUCCAUAAAAGCAAGAACAUUUCCCUUGACUUUGCUCUCUUCAAAGAAGCUGCACACCCUCGUAAUGACAGCCAUAGAAUCUAUAAGAACAGCUUUGACCUCAGCUAUGACACCCUGGUCACUGCAUUAUCAGUGGUUGGGUUUCCUGAAAUGAAUAUUGUUGUUGCAAAGAUAGGGUGGCCUACAGAUGGAGCAGCCAAUGCCACUUCAUUCAUUUCAGAGACCUUCAUGAAAGGCUUGAUGGACCAUGUUCAUAGCAAAUCAGGAACACCACUUAGACCUCGGAAUCCACCAGCAGAGACAUACAUAUUUAGCCUUUUAGAUGAGGAUCAAAGGAGCAUAGCCACAGGAAACUUUGAGAGACACUGGGGAUUAUUUACUUUCGACGGUCAAGCCAAAUACCGCAUUGAUUUUGGCCAAGGUUUGAAGAAGCCAGAGAAUGCAAAGAACGUAGAAUACCUUCCUUCCAAGUGGUGUGUUGUCAACAAUAACAAAGACUUGUCUAAUGCAAGUACAAAUGCCAUGGAUGCAUGUUCAGUUGCUGAUUGCACUGCACUCUCGCCUGGUGGGUCCUGUUUCAAUAUCAGCUGGCCUGGAAAUAUAUCGUAUGCAUUUAAUAGCUAUUAUCAGCAGCAUGAUCAAAGAGCAGAUAGCUGUGAUUUUGGGGGGUUGGGUUUGAUCACAACUGUUGAUCCAUCAGUAGGAAACUGUAGAUUUUCUAUUGAACUUCGUACUUCCCAUACAGUCUCCUUAUCUGGGUCUUAUCAUUUCCCAUGGAUGAUCUUGUUAACGGUAAAAUCUUAUUUCUUUUUACUUUACUUUUAUUGAAAAAUGACAUAAAGGAUAGAUAUCUGAGGCAUUUUUGCGUCUCCUUUAUUUGCCUCAGGUCUGUUGUAGUUCUUGAUGUUUUAACAUUAUUUGUACCAAAAACACCUUUUGUGCUCUAUUAUUGGACAAAAGUAAUUAUAGGAAAUCAACAUGCGGCUGUCUUUCACGUUGUUGAUUCUUGUUAAAA